AUGUCGAGCAACAUCAAGGUCGUCUCUCGCUUCCGCCCGCCGAACGCGCUCGAGCUGCGCGAGGGUGGCGACAUCGUCGUCGACUUUUCCGACGAUGGCACCCUGGUCAAGAUGACCAAGGGCGCCGGCACGUCGGGCCCCGAGGCCAACGGCUUCGUCUUCGACCGCGUCUUUCCCAUGGGCACGCAGCAGCGCGACGUCUUCGAGUUCGGCAUCAAGGAGACGGUCGACGACGUCCUCAACGGCUACAACGGCACCAUCUUCGCCUACGGCCAGACCGGCUCCGGCAAGACGUUCACCAUGAUGGGAUCCGACAUCGACAACGACGAGCUCAAGGGCAUCAUCCCGCGCAUCACUGAGCAGAUUUUCGAAAACAUCAUGGCCAGCCCGCCCCACCUCGAGUACCUGGUCAAGGUGUCGUAUAUGGAAAUCUACAUGGAAAAGAUCCGCGACCUGCUGGCGCCGCAGAACGACAACCUGCAGGUGCACGAGGAGAAGAACAAGGGCGUCUACGUAAAGGGCCUCUCGGACUACUACGUCGGCGGGCAGGCCGACGUCUACGAGAUCAUGCGCCAGGGUGGCUCGGCCCGCGUCGUCUCGUCGACCAACAUGAACGCCGAGUCGUCGCGGUCACACUCCAUCUUCCUCAUCUCGAUCCAGCAGCGCAACACCGAGACUGGCAGCCAGAAGACGGGCAACCUCUACCUCGUCGACCUCGCCGGUUCCGAAAAGGUCGGCAAGACAGGCGCCAGCGGCCAGACGCUCGAGGAGGCCAAGAAGAUUAACAAGAGCCUGAGCGCGCUCGGCAUGGUCAUCAACUCGCUGACCGACGGCAAGUCCUCGCACAUCCCCUACCGGGACUCGAAGCUGACGCGCAUCCUGCAGGAGUCGCUCGGCGGCAACUCGCGGACGACGCUCAUCAUCAACUGCUCGCCGUGCAUCUUCAACGCCGAGGAGACGCUGUCGACGCUGCGGUUCGGCGUGCGCGCCAAGUCGAUCAAGAACAAGGCGCGUGUCAAUGCCGAGCUGUCGCCGGCCGAGCUCAAGGCGCUGCUCAAGAAGGCCAAGGCCGACGCCGACCGCUCGCAGCAGUACAUUGCCAACCUCGAGGCCGAGCUCAAAGUGUGGCGCAGCGGCGGCAAGGUGCCCGAGCCCGAAUGGGCCGACGCCAGCAAGGUCAUCGUGGGCGAGGGGGCCUCGUUGGCGCCGGCGGCGUCGCAGGUCGCGCAGAACGGCGCCUCGAGGCCGAUGACGCCGGCGGUCGAGGGCCUGCGCGAGAUCUCGUCGAGGCCCGACACGCCUUCGGCCGUGACGCUGGACAAGGACGAGCGCGACGAGUUCCUGCGCCGCGAAAACGAGCUCAACGACCAGAUCGCCGAAAAGGAGGUGCUGCUGCAGGACGUGCAGAAGCAGCACCGCGAGGCGUCGCUCGAGCUCGCCGCGUGCAAGGAGUCCGAGGCCGCGCUGUCGGCGGAGAACAAGUCGCUCACCUCGAAGCUGACCGAGACCGAGCUCCAGCUCGGCAAGGUCAACUUCCAGCUCAAGGAGGUCACGAUCACCAUCGACUCGCUCAAGGAGUCGAACCACGACCUGUCCCAGGAGAUCGAGGAGCUCAAGAAGUCGACGAGCGAGGGCAAGGGCGGCGCCGCCAAGGACCCCUCGCAGGAGGGCAAGGAGCGCAAGAAGGCCGAAAAGAUGGCCAAGAUGAUGGCCGACUUCAACGCCGGCAUCGUCUCGGAAAAGGAGGAGCAGAUCCGCGAGACGCUCAGCAAGCUCGAAAACGCCGGCAGCCUCGGCGGCGCCGGCGCCGGUGGCGAGGGGGCCGUUGGCCUGUCUGCCGACGACCUCUCGACGCUGCGCGAGCAGCUCCUCGAGAGCCAGACGCUCGUCCGCGAGCAGCAGGGCCGCGUGCGCCGGGCGCAGGAGGAGAACGAGCUGCUGCUCAAGCGGCGCGACGAGGUCGAGAUGCGCCUCGCCGCGCUCGAGGCCGAGUACGACGAGCUGCUGGAGAAGACGUUCAAGGACGAGGAAUCGUCGCACGUCGACCACCACCACCUCGACGAGACGAUCCAGGACGUCAAGGCAAAGCUCGAGGCGCAGUACGCGUCGAAGCGCGAGGCGCAGGCGAGCGAGAUCGCCGACCUCAAGCUGCAGAUCGAGCUCAAGGGCAAGGAGACGGCCGAGCUGCUGGCGACCAACGACAACCUCAAGAGCACCAACGAGGAGCUCAAGCGCGCGUUUGCCGUCACCGCCGCCGGCGUCGAGGGGGGAAAGAACCUCGCCGAGUCGGCGCGCGAGAUGGAGCGCGUCCGCAAGACGAUGGCGACCCAGCUGGCCGAGUUCGACAUCAUGAAAAAGAGCCUGAUGCGCGACCUGCAGAACCGGUGCGAGAAAGUCGUCGAGCUCGAGAUCUCGCUCGACGAGAGCAAGGAGCAGUACAACAACGUCCUCCGCAGCAGCAACUCCAAGGCGCAGCAAAAGAAGAUGGCGUUCCUCGAGCGCAACCUCGAGCAGCUCACCAACGUCCAGAAGCAGCUCGUCGAGCAAAAUUCGAGCCUCAAGAAGGAGGUCGCCAUCGCCGAGCGCAAGCUGUCGGCCAGGAACGAGCGGAUCCAGGCACUCGAGCACCACCUCAUGGAGAGCCAGGAGAAGCUGGCGCUCCAGAACCGCAAGUUCGACGAGCAGCUCCAGGCCGUCAAGGAGCGCCUCAACCAGGCGCGCGAGAUGCGGCCCAACAUGAUGGCCGGCGGCGGCGGCGCGCUCAGCUUCGGCCGCAUCGCCAAGCCCCUCCGCGGCGGCGGCCCCACCACGGGCCCGCAGCCCGGACCCGUGGCCGCCAGGCACCCGGGCAUCGUCGGCGCCCACCAGGCCGACACCAACUCGCCAAAGGCGCGCAGCUCGUGGUUCUUUUCGUCCAAGUCCAAGAUGGACUCGUAG